UCAUGAUGCCACAGAGUUGCGCAAGCUGCAAUCUGCCAACUGUAGCACUAUGGCUUGAACUACGGUCGUCGGACUAUUUCGACCCACCUCCCCGGACGUCAGAUUAGGAGUCCGUGCCACAGCCUCCGUUUCAGAUGCAUGGUCCGCAACGCGUCGUGGCUACAAGAUCAGCACUAUGUCGGCACGACCGAAAGCUUUUCCGCACAUCUUCUACACUCGACGGCGCUUUUGGCAUGCCUCUCUCCUGAACUAAUUAAUCCGUCCCUCCAGCUCGUACCACAUCUGCAUAAUCUGGCAUAAUUCCCACACGACACGGCCACGAUCCUACACAACCUGGGAAUCCUACACAAUCAUCGGCACACCUAGAACGGCUUCAGGGCGAUCGGCAUCCGAGCUACGGCCGCCGAACAAUAAUAUCAGGAAUUAUGUUCAGUUCGCUAGGGACCAAGAUAGCCCUCCGGAAGGCCGGAUUAGGCAAUGUCAAGCUCCCAAAGACCGACGACUUGUUUGGUAGUGGGAACACCAAGAAGGGGAGCACCAACGGCGCCGAUGGAGGAGACACAGGCUUCGCCAACCCCUUCGCAAACGUACAAUGGGGUGUACCAAAAGCCCUACAAUCUUGGACAACGCCUCCACCGCCCCAGACCCCAGUGCGCAAGCCACCGAACAUUGGAGAUCGAGCACAAACACACACGAAGCUGCAAUUUCCAACGGCCGACGGACGGCCGACUAUACUGCUGUUCCUAAGGUUCUGCGGGUGUCCUUUCUCCGAGAAACUCUUCCUCUCGCUCCGAACCCUCGCGAACCGCCAUACUUCGAUCCACUUCGUCGCAAUCUCCCACUGCACACCCGCUGCAACCACAGAGUGGCUCAAGAAACUCGGUGGAGCCUGGAACGUAGAUGUAGUAGUGGAUCAAGACCGGGAACUAUACGCGCUAUGGGGUCUAGGCAUAGCUACUUGGGGCCAUGUGCUGCAUCCUAGAAACGGGUACAAUCAGGUCAUGCUCCGGAAGAAUGAGGGUGUCUGGGGACAACAGGUCGGAGAAGGAGCAUGUCGAUGGCAGAUUGGCGGGGCAUAUGCAGUCGAUGGGAGGGGCGUUGUUACAUGGGGCUCACCGAUGCAGUCAGUAGACGAGGCGAUACCAUUCGAACACGGCGUAAUGUCACUUGGAUAUGGAGAGACGCAUAGACUGGGACUGUGAAAUUCCACAAUGGAUAUUCAGGCGUUCGAAAUUUCACAAGAGGGAAUGUGGGGGUGAGAGAUAAACAUUCGUCAAGAUGCGAAGGGUUCGCGUCUUUCUUGUAUAGUACGUUCAGCGUUCAAUCUUUCUGUUUCAGAGGAGCUUGCAGUCCGCAAGCUAACAGUGACA